AAUGUUAUUUACUGUCUUGUAAGUGAAGUAAAAGUGUGUUUACAACUAGAACAAGUACGAAAAAGUAGCGAUGAACAAUGAAGAUGACAUCUUUCAUGAUAUCGUCAUGUCUGAGGAGAGGUUCCACCAGGAAGGUUAUGAAGCUGGACUGACCAUAGGCAAACAGACGGGCAGUCAGGAGGGAUGGAAGCUAGGCUGGCAGAAGGGUUCUGCCAUCGGCUCAGAGAUUGGAUUUUACUCCAGUUUUUGUGAAACUCUGUUGGAAAAAUUAAAAGAUGAUGAAAAGAAGCAAAGAGUAUGCAAGGUUUUGCAGAGUGUGGUCAGACUUGUGGAUACAAUGCCUUUGUCAGAUCCCACAAACCAGGAACUGUUUGAUAAACUGGAGCAGGUCAGAGCCAAGAUAAAACAGGUGAACUCUCUUCUACCAAUCAACAUGGAAUACCAGACCUCCAAGCCUGGCGAGAAAGGAAUGUCGUUCUGAUGCAGACGGAAUCUGAGGAGUCUGUUAAUUAAAUACCGCCUUCACGCGAAGGUAAGAAACCUCAGUAAAUAUUGUAAUACUUACGUGAGAUUUAUAUUUACUAAUCUGGUUCAUCUUAUAUCUACAGAGGAAUGCCAAAUGUGUGUUUAAGAUUCCAUAAGUAUGUUUUCCAAAAUGACGUUUUAGAAAAUUGACCAGUCCCAUCAGACUGACUAAAACAAAUGUAUGUCAGUCCGCCAGACUUUCAACCAGUCACAGACUGACGGGCAUAUGUUAAUUUCGAGCCCUGUGGUAUGAGAUUUGCAAUCUGGGUACAAAGAUAUAGCAUUGGUGAGAACAUGAGAAGGGUAUCAAGGAGUGUGAGUGGGGGGGGGUAUUAAUGGGGUGAAUACCGUGUCACUGGUGGGGGAAUGAAAUUACACCACUGGUUUGAUAUUAACCUGUUUUAUUGUUAUACAAUAAUUACAUAGGUAAGUUCUAUACACUUAGACUGCUCUCUCCCUGUCAUAAUUGAUAUUUUACACCAUUAAACUGUCCUUGAAUGCUUGAUACUCAUAGUGUGCAUGGGUCUUUUAUAUGGUAGAAGUUGGAUCUCCUAGCUCACCAUGACAAAGUAGGGAUCUCUAUGAAACAAAUAGGUAGAACAUGCAUGGAUAGGGGUAGUCAGAGUUCCUGUAUAACAUCUGUAUUCCUAAAACACUGCGACUCUAUUAAACUGUAUCUUUCUUGAUUAUAGCACCCACCCACCCACCCCCCCCCUUCUCCCAAACAGCUAUAUAUACCAGUAUGUAGGAGUCCCCAUGUCUGUCAGUCUCCAAUUCUUCAAUAUAUACUUAAAUUUGGUCAGAUGAUGUUUGUCAUUUCUCUGAAGCAAGGCCAAAUGGUCUAAGUCACUGAUGAAGAAAAGGUUUAAUUUGUUUGGGCCAUUCUUUGCGAUGGAGAGAUGUCAGUAGAAACACAUGCUGUUGCUUAUGACCAGAUUAUAGGUCAUGACCCUUAACCAAGGCCAAUUUGUCCAAGAGUAAAGUAGGUAUAAACAGUCUGAAUUUUUUGUUUGGGCCAUCAUUUUGUAAUUGAUAGAAGUUAGAAAUUAAUAUUUAGCACAAGGUUGUUCAAAAAACGUAUUGUGUGUCUUGACCUUGACCUGCGUUGUUUCACAAACACAGUUGGAAUAAGUUCUUGGGAGAGUAUUGUCCCUUGGUGAUAGCUUUAGUUGAAAGUUUGAAAAGUGCGAGACUUUGCCUGUUUACUAGAUGUCAAGAUGAGCCACAUGUAUGUACAUGUAAUUCAAUGGUAAGUUUCAUGAGCAUUUCUGGUGUCUUUAAUUUAAGAUAUGCAUGUACUUUCAAUGUUACUAAACUUUACCAGUGGUUCAAAGCAUGGAUUUGAUUUGCAUUCUGUGAAAAAUAUUUGAUUUCUUAAUCCCAUUUCUUGUUUUAAUAUUUUUUAGGAAAGUCUGGUCCUGCAGGAAGUCCUUUAAAAAUACUCAGAGGUCAGAAUUUGAAAACUGCUGUGGACAAAUGGUUUACUCACUGUGGUACCUGACAAAUGGUUUACUCACUGACAUCGAUACAAAACUUGGACUGCACUUGAGCAUUUGUCAAGUGUGACAACUAGAUGGCUAGUUUUUAACAGAAGAAUAGAAACCCAAAUGAUGCCUUUACCACCACCACCCCCUUUAAAAUUUUGUAUCUAUUGCCGUCUUUACCAAUAAGAUGUGGAUUAUCUUGUUAUUUGUAGAAUUCUCUUCCCCAUGGUGAUGAAGUAGUAAUAAGGAAAGACUUAAGAAACUCUUUGAUUGGAAAAAUAGAUUUUACUUGAAAUGAAAAUAAGAAUGGUUGAUUUAAAUUAAUAAAAGCAGUAUGGAUUAAAUCAAUUUUGCGUAGUCACAAAUUUUACUUAAAUAAAUUUUCAGUAUAUUAUUAAAAAUCAAAUCUUUUUUAACUCAUCAUAGUCAUGACUCUUUCAAAAUUCCACCUAUCGCACAUUAUAUGGUUUGCAAACAGCAUGUGUUACUACCAAGCAUCAAAAGUGAAGUGCAUGUACCUGUGUUCUGGAGGGUACCUCUUCAAAAAUCUGCCUAACUUUUACUGCAAAGAUAUGAGUCAUUCAGGUGACCUACAUUGUAUUGCAAUUGGUCUGCGUCCGUCAUACGUUAACAAUUGAACACUUUUAACUUCUCGAUAACUACUUGUCCAAUUCUUUUAAAAUUUAGUAUCAAGCAUCAUUGGGACAAGAGGGACAUAAAUUGCAAAUUUCAGGACUCCAGCACCCCUGGGGCCCUAGGGUAAGGGCAAAAACUGCCCAAAAUUGACCAAUUUUCAAAAAUCUUCUUCUCAAGAGCCACACACAUAAGAAAAACUAAAUGCAUAGUGAUGUUGAGCAGGAAGACCUCUACCAAAAUUGUAAAUUUCAUGAUCCCCGGAGUAGGAGUAGUGUAAAACACUUAAAUAACAUCUUCUUUAGUGCUUUUGAUACUAAAUUGAAACUAAAUGGAUAGAGCAAGUAGUCUUUUACCAAAAUUGUAAAUUUGAUUGUCCCCAGAGUAAGGGUUUUGACCCCAGGGUGGGGCCAAACUUAGUAUAUAAUAUUCAUGUGCAAGUUUGCUGAUACUGAAUAAAAUCUAAAUGCAUACUUAGGAAUAGCAGAAAAGGAUGUACAAAAAAAUGGUGAAUUUCACAACCCAGGGUUGUGACUUUUGGAUGAGUCCAAAUUAGUCGUAUAUUUUGAUGUUUUAAUGUUAAUACACUUAUUAUUUAAAGUCUUUCAUCAGUGUAUGCACUUUUGAGGGCAGUGAAGUUUUAAGAACACAUCUUGUUUUAUACUGUUGCUGAACAUUAGAAUUUAGCUUAGAUAUUCAGAACAGGAAUUUUUUUCUAGAUUCCAUAGCCCAUGGAAGUAGUGAUACUUUUUCACUAGUAUUCAGGUUAUCGAUAAGGCCUGUGGGUCUCUUGUUUUAAUGAUAAAACUAAAAUAAACUCAGCAUGUAAAAUAAAAUAUAAUUUAUUAGAAAAAAACAGUUUUAAACCAAUACAGCAUUAUAUUACGGCACAUGAAAAGGUGUUUGUAUAGGCAUUGGUUAAUAGAUCAUACUGUGAAAUAUUAAUAAUAUAUAAUUAAUGCAAUACAGAAAACAUGCAGUCCAAGAAAUCAGUUUUAAAAUUAUAUACUCACAAAAGGUACAUGUGAAAAACAUAAUGUGGUGAAACAUAAAAUAUUUAAUGUAGAUUUUUUGAAAGGUACAGAAUAUUUAUCAGUGCAUGGUUACCAGUAUCAAAAUCUGAGAAACACAACUGUUGAAUUGCAAUUGAAUUUACUUAACAAGUUGUAAAUACAUUUACAUGUAGAUCUCUGUGAGAACCUGGAAUAAAGAAUUGCUGAAAGAAAUCCAUUUUAUGUCAUCUUCCUGAAGAUUUAAAAUAUUCCAUGUAAAAAAGUU